CAGUUCACGCAUAUGUACACCGACUCUACUCGUAAACGGACGAAAUGUAUCUUAGAGUCUUUAAUAAAUAAAUACCAACCUUUGUUUCAAUAAGAAAAAAAAUCUGUAAAAUGGCGCUUGUAUCCAUAAAAAAGAAAGAAGAGACCAUGGAAGAGGACGAUGUCUUGGCAUAUCAGGCAAACUACGAAGUUUUUAAAGGCGGACUUAGUAGACAUGAAAUUACAAAAUAUUAUGACAAGUGGGCGGAAACUGGCGAAUAUAAUAAGCAUUUGAGUCCAGACCGUUACACAGGACCAGAAUGUGCUGCUCGUGCCCUUGCUAAAAAUAUUCCAGCAAAGGACAGGUCAACAGCUAGAAUCCUUGAUGUAGCGGCAGGUACAGGACUACUGGGUGCUGAGCUGUACAAACUUGGCUUUCGCAACAUGGAUGCAUUAGAUCCAUCCGAGGGCAUGUUAAACAAAGCGAGAGAACGACAGAUUUACACUAACUUUAUCAACGAUUUUAUUGGCCUAGAAAAUCUAGUACCUGUCGAAGACAGUGGAAUAAUCUGCAUUGCAAUGAGGGAAGAAUAUCUUGAUGUUUCAGGAAUAGUUGAACCGUUCAUGCAAACCCUUGAAAGGGAUGGCAAAUGGAAACUACUCACAAAAGACACGAUAACCAGUUACGCUUUUGGAAAGCCAGGAGUCAUUUUCCAGUUUGUUAUUUCAUGAUGAAGUUGUUUAAAUAUCUAAUUCCAUGUAUAAAUCCUAUCUCAUUACAAGUAUUGUUUUUAUUUUCUUUUGUUGUGUUAUUUAUGUGAAGAGUUGUUCUUUUAAAGGAAGAAUUCUAUAAGACUAUGUGACUU